AUGAUUAGAAGAGAAGCUCGCCUUCGUAGAGAAUACCUGUAUCGCAAGUCGCUGGAAGAGCGGGAGCGCCAGCUUUAUGAAAAAAGACAGGCCGUAAAACAAGCCUUGGAUGAAGGCAAGCCAAUCCCUCGUGAACUCCGCGAAGAAGCUACCGAGCUAGGCAAAUCUGUCAUCUUUGACCCAUCUUAUUCGAUGCCUGUUAACCAUGUUGACGAUGAAUAUGCAAAUGCAACCCUUGUCGAUCCCAAGAUAGUAAUCACUACAUCUAGAGACCCUUCGAGCAGACUAUUGCAGUUUACAAAGGAAAUGAAGCUCUUGUUUCCAAAUUCCCAGAGAAUCAACCGCGGAGCCAUGGUGAUUCCUCAAUUGGUAGAGAGCUGUAAAAGCUCUGGGGUCACCGACUUGAUAUGCAUCCAUGAGCAUAGAGGCAUUCCAGAUGGUCUGAUCGUUAGUCAUUUUCCACACGGCCCAACGGUCUAUUUUUCUCUUUUCAAUGUGGUCCUUCGACAUGACAUUCCAGAAUGCUCUGGCACAACGGUGUCCGAAGCAGCCCCUCAUCUCAUUUUCGAAAAGUUUACCACUUCCCUUGGAAAUAGAGUUGUCUCCGUUCUGAAGCAUUUGUUCCCCAUUCCAAAAUCAGAUUCUCGAAGGGUAAUGACCUUUGUAAAUAACUCUGAUUUCAUAUCCUUCCGACACCACAAUUAUAAGAAAGAGGGUUCUAAGGUGGCCCUUUCAGAAAUCGGCCCUAUAUUUGAAAUGAGGCUUUACGAAAUCAAGCUCGGGACUGUUGAUAUUAGCGAGGCCGACACAGAAUGGGUCCUCAGGCCAUACCAAAAUACCUCGCACAAAAGAGAUGUCCUUUAA